AUGAAUGCCAACUGCUCAGCGAUGCUUGCCUUGGCAUCUUCCAGCCCUCUGAAGCUCUCGAUUGUCUACAACCUCAUUAUAGCCUGCAUCGGCUUCCCAAUGUUCUUUUGGGCUUCUAUAAGAUUAUGGUCGGGAUCCUUCACUAAGAACUUCCACAAAAACUUCCGUCUCAUCAUUCAAAUGCAUCUUCUCGGAUUCAUAAUUCAUUGCUACGGACGAGUCAUUCUUCACUCACUCGACCUGUACAACUACCACUUCCGAGAUCCGUGCGACAUGAUUCCGGACAUUUACAGAUGUUUCGUGUUCCGAUUGAUGUAUAACUCGGGUAUGUGGAUCACCAUCUGCACGGCCGUCUCACUGAUUAUCGAACGGAUGAUUGCCACAUAUUUGAGAGGACAAUACGAGAAUCAGUACAUUUGGAUUGGGAUCCUCCUCAUGUUUCUAGCGCCAGCUAUUGCGUCUUUCCCACUGUAUCUGGCCUACUCUAAUCUCAAGUUCGAUGGUGUUUUCAUGCCCUACUGCUCGGUAUACAAACCAGGACAUCCGGAAAUCGCCAAUCUGAACUCAGGAGUUGCAAUUGGAGCCCAGAUUAUUGCUCGGAUUAUGUUUGGAUACCUCUUCCAUCUCAACAAGAAGCUCCGUGAGAAAAUGCAAAGAUCCAGUUUGUCCACCAGAUUCCAGCUAGAGCAGAACAAAACUUCUACACAAUGUCUGAAAAUCUACGCCAACAUCAGCACAAUCUUUCUCAUACUCCAGAUUGGUUCCUUCACUUAUCUUCUCAAAGUGGCACCGGGAAUCCCGAAAGAACAUUAUCUGGCUCUGAUGGAAUUGAACUGUCAGUUUCCACUCUACGGAAUAAUCACAGUUCUUCUUGUAACCAAGAGAAUAUCCUCGGUCCGGAACCACAUCAGCUCCACUCUUACAUCCCAACUCAAUCUUGAUCGGAAGGAGGCGUACUUCGCGAACUUCAACCAACAAAUCGGAGCUGUCAAGCCACUGCCGAAGAAAUAA